AUGGCACAAUCCACCUCAACCUUUGACAAAGUCCUCGCCGAGACACUCUGCGACAUUCAAGUCCCCAAGCACAUUAAGCUCUCUCCCAACGGCCAAAAGCUCGUCUACUCAACCAGUCUUGUCGGUAGUCAUCGCAAGGGCAAGUACCACACUUCAACAUUAUGGCUAGCAUCAACCAACGAACCCAACUCGUCUCGAAAGCUGACAUCGGGGUCCUUCAACGAUACAAGUCCAGCUUGGCAUCCCAGUGGUGACAGUAUCAUAUUUCUGUCUGAUCGUUCCAACCCGGGCGAAAGCUCAACAAUCUGGCGUAUGCGAUUGGACGGGGGUGAUCCUAUUUCUAUUACCGCAGAGGACAAUGAGCAGGAUAUUGAUUCAUUUUCUGUUUCGCCACAGGGAAAGACAAUUGCCUAUGUUUCAUGUGACGAAAAGAAAAAAGGCGAUGAUGAAGAAGAGGAACCUGAAGUUUGGGGAGAAAAAUGGCAUCAUGCUCGUCUACGGCUUGUCGAUGUGGAAACCCAUCAUGUCAAGGUCAUCGUGGGAGGUAACAAGCAUAUGGGUGAAAUUGCUUGGAGCCCAGAUGGCAAAGCCUUGGUCUUUAUGAGUACCGAGAAUCCUCAUAUAGAAGAGGCUAUGUUGACUGGUACUUCUAUAUCGACUGUCGUCAUCGAAACUGGCCAAGUUCAACAUUUGUGCAAGCUUAUGAAUGAGCCGUACAGCCUAACAUGGGCACCUGAUGGUCACGUUUACUUCAUCGCAGGCUCGCCACCCGAUAAAGACUCCGGGGGGAGAUCUGUAUACAGUAUCGAUCCAGGCGCCUCUUCUCCUAAUCUUGUCAAAGUGGGAUGCGGCGACGAUGAUGAUGCAGGAGAUAUUCGCAUAGCGGGCGGUAAAAUAAUCCUAAAUCGACAAGUCAGACUCGUCGAUGUGAUCAGCGAACUAGGCGGAGGAGAUCUUUUUGCAGAGGGUAAGGAGAUGUGGGUAUGGGAUGUGUCCAUCAACCCAGAAACGGGCACUGCGACACUUGCAGCCAGUCUCUCUGACAUCAAUAUCCCCUACGAAGUCUUCGUCAUUCAACAAGGCAAGGACGAUAUGAAGCUCUCAAAUCAUGGAAACAUGCUCAAAGGCCAGUCGAUUGGAUCUAGCACUGUUUUCACCUGCCAGUCAUCCGACGGGCAAGUCGAACUAGAUGGUCUAUACCUUAGCCCAGCAUCAAAGUCAAAUUGCAAUGGGGAGCCGAAAGAACCACUUCCAACAUUUGUCUUGAUCCAUGGUGGUCCAAGGGAUCGUAACUGCAAUAGUUUCGACACAUCCUGCUUCAACUGGGCUCCUUACCUUCUCACAAAAGGCUACGGCCUUCUUCUUCCACAAUACCGGGGAUCUUCGGGAAGAGGCGAGGCAUUCGCUUCGUACAGUAUUGGUGGACAAGGCCUAUAUGACUAUGCGGAUGUGAUAACCAUAACGAACAAGGCAAUCAUGAAAGGUUUCGCAGAUCCGGAAAAGCUCAUGGUUGGAGGGUGGAGUCAGGGUGGUUUGUUGACAUACUUGUGCAGUGUCCGAAACGGCCUUCACGAUCUAGGCUGGCGCUUCAACGCAGCCAUUGCUGGAGCAGGAGUGUGCGACAUAGAAAGUCUCGCCCUCACAGCCGAUCUUGGUUCCACAUUUGAAGUCGAGCUCGUACAAGGUCAUACUGUCUGGAAUCUCGGUCACGAUGACACACGGAACCGCCAAGGUAGCGCUAUUUGGGAGGUUUCCGGCGCAGUUGAGCAUUCCCUUCGGGAGGGAAAGAUGGUUAUACCGCCGAUGCUUAUUUUGCAUGGCGAAAAAGAUGAGAGAUGUCCCUUUUCCCAGGCUGAAGGGUUUAGAAGGGCGUUGAGAUAUCAUGGUUUGCCAUUUCACCAUCUCCAAGUCUCCCAAUCAGAACGCAUUCCCUGGUUGUGCGAAGAACUCAACAUCCCUUAUAAUCUCAGACUCUACAAACGCUCCCCUCUCCUCGCACCACCAGAGUUCAAAGCUCUCCAUCCCAUGGGUGCUGCUCCCGUGAUCCAAGAUGGCCCUGUCACACUCGCAGAGAGUGCCGCGUGCAUCGAGUACAUCAGCAACAAGUACGCCAACGGCUCUCUUUUCCUGCGCCCAGACAACCCAGCCUACGCCGACUUUCUCUACUGGUGGCAUUUCCCUGCCGGAACUCUCGGACCGGCUCUGGGACGCAUCAUGAUGAUUCGUUCAGCAAAGCUUGGAGAUGAUAACCCCGUUGUCCAGUUUGGAAAAGCAAAGUACAAUCAGGCUUUGAGAAUACUAGACGAAAGGGUCAAGGGAAAUGAGUGGCUUGCCGGAAAUGAGUUUACUGUCGCUGACAUCAUGGUCGUGUUCCCCUUGACAACAAUGAGGUACUUUUCACCCUACAGCUUGGAGGAGUAUCCCAACAUUGUCAAGUACCUUGAGCGUAUCGCAGGCAGGGAAGCGUAUCAAAGAACGAUGGAAAAGAUCGAUCCCGGCAUGGAAUUGGCUAUUGGUGCGAACCCACCAAAGAGCCCUUUCAAGUUGUAG